CCAGAGUUUAUUUUUCGCUCGUUUGUUCAUUUCAUUUGGCAUUUGCAAUUAAUCAAUCAACCAAUCAGCCAACCAAUCAUCAUCAUCAUCAUGAUGUCGUUUGUUCAUCGUUGGUUAUGUGUAAUGAUUUUAAUGAUCAUUGUGGUUGCCAUUAAUUAUAUGGUGGAAUCAGCAUUACCAUUUUCCAAUGAGGAUGAUGAAAAAAAUCCUGAUUCGUUAAUGAUGAUGAAUGCUACAGAAAUGGAUGUGGCCGAUGUUGAUCGUGAUAUUUUUCAAAUAAUCCUAUCACGUGGAUUCCAAUAUCAACAGCAUUUUGUUACUACCGAAGAUGGUUAUAUUCUUCAAUUGAUUCGCAUCGUAAAUCCAUUCAUUAAUGAUCGACGACAACGAAAUGAUAAUUUAAAACCGAUCGUAUUAUUUCAUGGAUUUCAAUGUACUGGAUCAUUUUGGCUGAUUACUAUGGCUGGUAGAUUAAUGAAUGAUGGUAAUUAUUAUGAAUUUGAUGCUGAAGAAGAUGGUCAUCGACAACAUUUUAACGAUACGGAAGCUGUUGGCGUGGGCAAUACGAUUGGGUUUGUUUUGGCUAGUCGUGGUUUUGAUGUUUGGGUCGUUAAUUAUCGUGGCAGUAUUUAUUCGAAUAAUCACGUUAAAUUUAAUACAAAAAGUCGAGCUUAUUGGUCAUUUUCGAUAGAUGAAAUGGCACUGAUCGAUCUACCGGCCAUUAUUGAUUAUGUUACUGAGAAAACAAAUCAUACAUCGAUCGGGUAUAUAGGACACUCGCAAGGUAAUUUUAUAAUGUUGGCAUUAUUAUCCACAAGACCCGAAUAUUCCCGACGAAUUCGUCCAUAUAUUGCAUUGUCGCCGGUAUUCUAUACGGAUCAAUUGAAAACACCAUUACGAUUUUAUGGACCACUAAAAGAAGUGCUAAGAUCACAUCCAACACGUGUACCAUUUGGCAUGGAAAUACGAAAAACAUAUACAGAAAUCUGUAUGAAUCCGAAUACGCAAAAUUUCUGUUAUAAUGUUUAUCAUUAUUUUCUUGGUGGUCAUCGUCAUAAUCUUAAUAUGCGACGAAUGAAUGUCUAUUUGGCUAAUGUUCCGAUGGGUUCGUCAUCAUGGAAUGUGGCACAUUUUUUUCAAAUGUUUGAACAUGGCCAACCCAGUCGUUUUGAUUAUGGCGCAUUGAUUAAUCUAAGAAAAUAUGGCAGUUUAACACCACCGAUUUAUGAUGCAGGACGUAUCAAUUCGACGGAUAUGGCAUUCAUAUAUCUAGCGAAUGAUUAUUUCAACAGUUUGACCAAUGUAGAUAAAUUAAAAAGUAAACUUAAAGUAAACUUAAUCGAUGAUUAUCUUGUGCCUGAUCAAUCAUGGGGACAUAUGGAUCUUGUGUGGAGCAAAUAUUCCGGUCGUUUAGUCAAUCAACGAAUUCUAGACAUUCUUGCUCGCUAUGAUUGAGUGAAUCAUCAAAUGAUCGUUUUUUUUACUGUGAUAAUUUGAUCUGUGAUCUUCAAGUUUUUUUUGCGGCACCUUUUAAACAAUAAAUUAAUUAAUUGAUUCGAAACCAAAAAACAUCA